AUGGGAGGGAUUUACUCUGACCUUAAUGUUUAUUUUCACAGCAGAAAAGGCAAAUAUUCAGGUACUGGAUAUACUGUGUCUACGAAACUUAAGAGAUUAACUGGAUGUAGUUGUUUUUUUGAACGUUGUUACGAGAUUAAAUUUACUAAUGGUAGUGGUUUGCGUCAUAACGUGAUAUUAUACGAUAGUUCUAGUAAUAAAGAUAAAAAUAACUAUGUUUUCGCUUAUUGUCAUCCUGGUAAUCCUAAUGAAGUUGUAAAAAAAGUUCAUGUGUAUUAUUCAGUCUUGGCACCUGAACACCCUCUUGUUAUUUCGUUCGAAACUGAAAUAAAGAAGUAUGACUGUUAUUAUAAACUAUUGAAAACAGCCAGAUGGGAUUAUGCUUCGCAUAUAACUGAAUAUUCUAUUGAUAAACCCGUUGACGCCAAUAUUUUGGAUGAUGAAUUCAAAAAAUUAACUUUGAAUAAAAAAAUCAAAUUAACGACUGAAAGUGAUAAUAAAUUUGUUACUGUAAGCAGACAUCAUUUAUCUUCUAGUCACUUCAGGUUUACAUUUAUUUCGAAAGGGGUUAAGUCUGUUAUGGGAAGUAAACUUCUAUUCUCCAUGGAUUUUGACACGAAAGAACCUAAAAGCACUGAUCCUAAAGCUAAUGCAAAUAAAAAUCAAAUUGAUCCUUAUUUUCUUCAUUCAGUUAAGGGUCACUUUUUUGAUGGAAUUAUCGUUUAUUUUGAAAGAAAAGAUCCCAAACCCAAACGUCAAAAUAGAGACUAUGAAGGUACUGCUUUACUUAUAGAGUUUAUUGAUUCCACUAAUGGGACAAUCCAAUUUAUGAGAAAAGAUAAUGACGGUUAUUGUUGGUCUGAAGAAAAAGUUGAUUACAAUGAAGAUAAAAAACUGAUAACAAAGCUAAAUGAAAUCAAAGGAGGACUUGAUAAUAACAGUGUUACUGUCAUUAUCGAUGAGACUAGUCAAUACUUUGGUGUUCAAAAAGUUGGACCCGGCGAGGGUAAAGUAUGCAAAAAAUAUACACACGAGUUUAAUGCAGCCAACAAUCCUAAAAUCAUAUUCAAAAGGAAAACAAUAACAAUCACUGCAAAAGGCAUAACAGGUGUCACGGCAAAAAAAGUUGAGGUGUAUUAUUUGAAUGCUGGUGGUAAAGAGGAUACACAACCAUUUUUAAUUGUGUUUCAUAAAGAAGAUAAUGGUAAAGCCGAGAAAGCAUAUCACUUUAUUAAUACCGACAAGUUUGAAGAGUGGGUGGAGUUUAACAAAGGAAAACCUGAUGGUAUAGAAAAAAAGGUAGAAAAGAUAGAACAAUACUGUGCUUGUUUAUCUAAUAUAACCACAGUUAGAUGGUAUGCUCAUCAGAUCCUAAUUGGUGAAGAACCACCUCCACCAAAACCAGAGGAAAAAACAACACCGACAAGACCAAAAGUAGAAGAACCAAAGCCACCGCCUGAAGAACCACCAGUAUGGCUGAUUGUAGGCUGUGUUGCAGCUGGUGUUGUUGUAAUAGUUACUUCAGUCGUUGUUUAUGGUAUCUAUUGGUACAACACCACCAUCAAACUCUUGACAUAG